CAGGCCCGGCCUCGAGCAGUGACCGGUAACCGAGAGGAGAGACCAGGGCAGCACCCAUGGACAAGUACGAGAAACUGGCCAAGAUCGGGGAAGGCACCUAUGGGAUCGUGUUCAAGUGCAGAAACAAAACCUCGGGCCAAGUGGUGGCCAUUAAGAAAUUUGUGGAGUCGGAGGACGACCCAGUCGUGAGGAAAAUGGCCCUGAGGGAAAUUAGUCUGUUGAAGCAACUGAAACACCCCAACCUGGUGAACCUCAUCGAGGUGUUCCGGAGGAAGCGGAAGAUGCACCUGGUGUUUGAGUACUGCGACCACACGCUUCUCACCGAGCUGGAGAGAAACCCAGAUGGAGUGGCAGAGGGAGCCAUGAGGAGCGUGUUGUGGCAGACCUUGCAGGCCCUUCAUUUCUGCCACAAGCACAACUGUAUUCACAGAGACGUAAAGCCCGAAAACAUCCUCAUCACCAAGCAGGGUGUCAUCAAGCUCUGUGACUUUGGGUUCGCUCGGAUUCUGAUCCCAGGAGCCACCUACACCGAGUACGUGGCCACGCGCUGGUACCGGGCGCCCGAGCUGCUGGUGGGGGACACGCAGUACGGGCCGUCGGUGGACAUCUGGGCCACAGGCUGCGUGUGCGCUGAGCUAUUCACGGGCCAGCCGCUCUGGCCUGGCAAGUCGGACAUGGACCAAUUGCACAUGAUCGUCGGGACCCUGGGAAGGCUGAUUCCCCGGCACCAGGCUGUGUUUCGGAGCAACCAAUAUUUCCAGGGCGUCAGCAUCCCUGAGCCCCAGGACACGGAGACGCUUGAGGAAAAAUUCGCAGAUGCCCCUCCCACAACGCUGAACUUCAUGAAGGAAUGUCUGAGGAUGAACCCCGAUGACAGGCCCACCUGUGCUCAGCUCCUGGACAGCCCCUACUUUGAUUCUUUCCACGAGGACCCUCUAAGAAGGAAGACGCGUCACGAGGGCCGGAGCAGGCGGCGCCCGCAGCUGCUGCCUCUCCUUCCGGGGAACCGCCUGUCGCCCAGCCUCGAUGGGAGGAAGCAAUCACUCCAGCUCAAGUCCGACCAUCUCCCCAACAUUUAGGCCGCUUCUCUGGUGGGCCAAACACCAGCCCAGCCCACGGUCCCGUGCAGGGGUGCCAGGGAGCCCUGGAGGUGGCUGCACCCCUAGAAACAAGGCCCUGAGCCCCUCCCCAACUCAACAGAGCAGCUCCGUCUUGGGACGAUUCACUUAACGCUCAUAAAGCCUGGCUCUGCCCCCAAGGAUCCGCUGUCCAGGCCACUUGUGCCGUGACCGGCUGCGUCUCAGUUUACCCAGCAGU